AGGGCAGUAAAAUCAAGAACCGCCCCGGGGAUCAUGAACUCUAGCUACUCCACCCACGUCCAUUUCUCACAAACCAGUUCAAAGUUCAAAAGUAACAACACAAAACAUCAUGGCGGCAUAUUUGAGAAAGGUAUGAAAACUCAUUGGACUGUUAAUUUUUGUAAGAUGAUGCAUUUUGUUAAAUUUUUUAAAGUAUAAGCAAAUUCUGUAACUAAUAUAAUCCUAAUUGGUAAUCCCUUUUUUAAUUUUAAAAAAUUGUGGCUUAAUUUGGUGAAAUCAAUCUAGGUUAUGGGAUGGUUUUACUUAGACCAUUCACUAUUCAACUACUAGUGUCACUAGGAUUCUAAAGUAGAGGAGACUAAUAAUAAAUAGAAUGAGUACAUCUGACUGAGUUUUAUCAUUAGCAUGAUUAAUAUUAUAAUAAAAUAGCGGUAAAGUUAUUGAUUUCAUUUCUCAAGGCAUUAUUAUUAUUUAAUAUUAGUAAUUAGAGAGUGUUCAGAGUAGACACCUAUAACUAUAAUAAGAAAAAGAUGUAAAUUUUGGACUUUGACUUUGGACUUUAGAUUUAGAUUUCAUUUAGAUUUUUAGUUUUAGUACUUGUUCAAAUUACAUACAAAGUAAAUUUAAUUAAAAUUUCCUUACUUUGUAAACUGUAGUCUAGUCUAGUACAGCUCUAUUCACUUAAUUAAGUCUAAGUGGAUAUUUAGGCUUAGGGCCGGCUGCUUAACUUAGGUAUAGUAUAAAUUAUAAAUUAAACUAUUAUGAUUCAUUCAUUAAUUAUUAAUUCCCGAGUGUCUCACUCACUAAGUCACUAUGACUAUCUAAUCUUAAACUUAAGUUUUGAGUAAUGAUUUAGCCUGCCAAGCACUGCUGACAGUAUUCUAUUCCAGCAUUCAGCAUAACAUGAAUAUUUAUGGUUAAAAAAAUAGAAAAUACGUAGUGUCUACACGUCCGGUGCGCGGACAAAUAGUGCGCAAGAUAUACGUCCGGCGGCAUGUCACGUGAACGCCGGACGGCUAGUAGUUUUUAUAAUUCCGAACGAAGUGCGGUUUGGUAGAUAUUGUGUAGUCUACUGGUAAAGUGGUUCGCUUGACGUUAAUAUGAAUUGAGGAUCAAUACCGGGGAUAAGUUCGUUUUUUUUUCUUCCCAUUUUAAUUAAAAAUAUUUUAUACUAUAUUUAUAUUAUCAUGUUCAUCAGUAACAGUAGUUUCAUGAGAAGGUUUUAAAUAUUUUGUAGCAAUUUAAACAAUUUAAAAUGAAAUCUUUUACUUUUAUUGGUUGCCUACUCCAUACUGGCCCCUAAUUUAUUUUAUGGAUUACUGGUACACAAACUCAAAUAACAAACUAAACAAAAAUGUUUACAAGCCACUUUCACUUAAGUUUUUUUCUAUUAUUUGCAUUCAAGAUACUCAGUACAUUACUUGGUAGAGAAAUAGAUUUUAAAAUUAAUAAUAGUUUUGAAUCAUUCACAGUCAACGUCACACGGCUGCCCGACAAGAUAUCUCUCGCCGCUUAGUUACGGCGGACUUGGUCGCCGGACAAAUAGUGCGGGAGAUAUACGUCCGGCGCGCCGGACGUGUAGACACUGCCUAGAAAAUAUUAUAAAAUUUAAAGCAUCCAUGUCGUUGGUCUUGUGAAAUUUAUCUGCCGGUCAGCCAAACUUUACUGUACACUGUACUUAGACUAUUAGUAAUUGGGACCUGAGAGACCUUAAUAAUUUUUAUAAACUAAAUCUGAUUUAGAAGAAUUUAUAAGCCUUAGUGUUACUUUGUGGUCAUACGCUUAAAAUGCAGUAGAUCAAAGAAAAAAGUAUGUGCAAGAAAUAUUGCUCACAAGCACAGGCUGAAAAGUGAAGGAUUAGCACAAAGCACUAUCGGCAAGAUUCUUAUUACAAAGAGGCUAAAAUUUACCAAUCUAUAACAUAAAAAUUACCAUCAAUUGAAAGUGUGCACAUUCAGUUUGAUAUUAUUGUACUUAUGUUGUUUCUUUUAAAAUAAUAAUUUCUUGUAUUACUAUUAGAAUCAGAUUAUGGUUUUGUUAAAUAAUACCAUUGUCACAAUUUACUCAUAUGUACUGUUUACACAUUUUCAGAUCUCUCCUCGUGCAAAGCCUCUCAUUCAGGCAGCAAGAGUUUUUAAAAAUGAUCAUCCUAUCAGGUCAGCAAGUGCUGUGCCAGAGGCUGGAGGAAUUUCUUUUCGUAAGAUUUAAAUGAAUGAUUCGUCCAUUUUAAGUCAUUAACUUUUUUUAUUUAACCCUGCACCUUGAUACUAGUGCUUAAAAGGAGUUUAAAGGACUGGGAUCCAUAGAGUUUGUUGGGCCCAAGGACAAAUUAAUCUAGUUUCUUUUAUUUUAAAGGGGGAUAUUGUCUCCCAGCGAUUUGGAACUCGAAGUGGAUUCUGCAACUGAUUACGUUUGGAUUCUAAGGACCAACUCUCAUUAACAUCUGAGUCUAAAUUUAAAGGAUAAUUAUGAACUUCAGGCAAUAACAUUGGCGAUCUCUCGAGUUUUUAACUAGUUUCUCUUUCCAGUCGUAUUUUCAUUUGUACUGUCUGCUGUCCUCUCUUAGCCGAAAUGUUCUUACCUUAAAGUUCUAUCUUUUGAUACAAGCUUCCAGAUACCUCCUUCUACUGUUUUCUCCUAAAUCUAAACCAGAAAUAAAGUCCCUGAAAAUAUUUUUUUUAUUUUAAAAAUAUUUAUAAGAAAUAUAUUAGUAGACACCAGCGUAAAGCUAAACACUGGCAAAGGAUUGUAAAAUUUAAAUGCUACUUCUUUUAAACCGCGUUUGUUAUUCUUUUAUUUUUUCUAUUUCCAGUUGUAUACAUUGUUUAGAGUGUGGUGAUCUGUGAGGAUAUUAUUUACUUCAUUCUUUUUAUUUUUAUUAUACUAACUUGCUUGAAGUCUUCAAUAAAAAAAAAAUAUGUCAAUUUUAAAGAUUAGUGUUGGACUUGAACAAUCUACACCUCUGUACUGUAAUAAAAACUUUUGCUGAUCUUGACUCGCAGCGGUGCAGUCUCAGUGUUCAGUGUAAACAAACCUACAAUGUUACAGCACUAACAAACAAUGUUAACACACUAACAUCCAUUUCGCAGUGGAAAAAUUUCCACUGAUGUUUGCCAUUCAGGACCAAUCUAUACAUUAUAAAUUGUGGAAAAUUAACUUAAAUUAAAUUAAAAAAGCAAUCAUAGUUUAUUAAAUACUAAUAAAAUUUUUUAAAAUGUUAAUUAAAUGUGCUCUUUGUUUGUUUUUUUUGUACACGUUUAUUGUACAUGGCUUUAGCGAGGCCAUGUACAAAAUUUAACCCUCUGAGAUUGAUAUGUCUGUUUUUUUAACAAAUGUUAUUUAUGCACACACACAAAAAUUAGCACCCGUAAGUGCAUCAGGAUGUCCAACUUAUAUAAUAUUGCAGAGCUAUCGCCAGAGCAGCUGGAGUUCAAAGCAACAGCUCGGAAAUUUGCCAGAGAGGAGAUUCUACCUAAAGCUGCGGAAUAUGACAGAACAGGGGAGGUAAUUUGAUAAAUUUACCUUGUUAUUAAAUAUUGAUCUCUGUUUAGUCAUCGCAACAAUUUUUUUAUAGACUUUCUGUCAGACAGGCGCACUCUGUGUUUAAGUCAGGGGUCCACACAUUUUUUUGUUAGUUGUAAAGAGCAGAAUUUUAGGUUCUUAAGGCAGACUUACUUAGGCUGGAGGGAGUCCUAAAUUAAGCCAGGUAAAUUAUGUACAUUUUUUAUUCUUCUUCCCACAAAUACUUCUAUCCCUUUAGAUUAGAAAUAUUUUUGUGGUGUAAGAGAGUGAGGUGUGUCUAUUUAUCAUGUCACAAGCAGAGGGGAGACAUUCUUAAAGACUGGUGGUGUUAAAAUAAUAUGAUUACUCUAGUGGAGCAACUUCGUGUAUAUUCGGGCAGUUUGUAGAUGAUACUCUGCAACACUUUCUAUCAAAGAAUGCCCUGGCACACAGAAUAUUGGAAGAACACAAACACUUCAUGUAUGACCUGGGUUCUUCUUUAUUAUGUGUAUCUGUCACACAGAUUCACCUGGUUACGGUUUCCCCCAUGUAACUACACAGCCUACCCAAAAACACAGGAGCCAUGUUUACAUGACGUCUCCUUAAUCAACUCUCUCUCUUCCACUCUCUCUGUCUCCCGCCUUGUAUCCACACACUUGUUUAUUAUUCUAUUCCGGUCAUCCAAAGAUCAUUCACAGUAAUAACAAUCAUGACACAACUCACAGAACCAAACUAACAGAACGUGCAAACUAAAAACAAUGAUUCUCACACAGAUGGUAAAAAUGUGUUUAAAAAUUUGAGAUGAAUUUUAAUUUAUUUAGUUGGGGUGCGGGGGGGGGGGGGGUGUUGUUUGUUGCUGUUGGUCUCCCAAACAUCUCCAACCUCGCGAUAUUUAUAUAAUAAUAAGGUCUAUGAGUUUAUCAGUAAAAAUACAUGAUAGCUGGCCGUGACUUUUUCAGUUGUAGGGUAAGAGGUAAGGGAUAAUUGUAACUGGCAAGUCAGUGUAUGCCAGGUUAGGACAGAUACAGAUAUUUAAGUGGAAGUUAUAUGAAGCAGAGACUUUUGAGAUAAGAGAGAGGCACAAGCCAUUAGAGCUGCAUACAGUGGUAAUUUUAAAGGAUUUUGAUUUAAAAAUUCAUUUCAUCUUGCAGUCAAUACAAAAAGGGGUUGAUUUCGGCCUAGGUUCUAUACUUUGCUGACCCCUGCUCUUAGGCAUUUGUGUGGGAUAUGUAGGACAUUUGUAUUAACGAUUUUCUAUCAUUUUUAUUUAGUCUUUCAACUUUUAAAUUAUAAUCUUAGUCAUUUGAUCCUGAUCAUUUAACCAAAUGGUAAAUGGAUUUAUAAACUUCCUUUGGUUAAAAAUAACUGCAACUCAUUGUUUAUUUCAGUAUCCUUGGGAUCUUAUAAAGAAAGCCUGGUCUCUUGGCUUGAUGAACUCUCAUAUCCCUACACAUUGUGGUAAGUUAAACCGUCUCAGAGAAAAGUCACAUGUUCCCAGUUUGCAGACAGUUACGUGAAUGAUUAACCAACAUCACAAGCUGUUAAUUACCAUAAAAUAUCAACUUUUGUGAAACAGAACUAAAUGGGGCAAAGUCUUAUCUUAUUUAUUGCACCAACAGUCGUGUCAGAAUGUACCGGACUAAAAAAAAAUUCAUUUUUCUUUGCCACUAUUUUUUGUUUACUCUAAUAGAGCUGUUAUCAAUUUGAAUUUUAAAAAUCCAACAGUAUACUGCCAGACUCUGGAUGAACAUUACCUUUAUGUGUCUCCAUUUUGUGAUUGUCCAAAUCAGGUGGUUUGAACUUGGGUCUGCUGGAAUGUGUGACAAUUACAGAAGAGUUGGCCUACGGUUGCACAGGUGUGCAGACAGCCAUGGAAGCAAACUCACUUGGGGUAAGUUAAAUUAAGUGGAUGUGUGUUAUCUAAUUUUAUUAUUUUAUGUAUUACUAUGCUAAUUAAAUAUCACCACACUCACAAUCGAUGGCGUUCUCUCACUGGUAAACUUCUAUUAAUGUAUAUGACUACUUUCCUUCUAUAAAUCAUAUAAGACGGGUGGUUCAGCCCACGUUUAAUAAAUAUUUAAUUAAUAAAUUAUUACUAAAAAUCUUACACAUGAAAUUAUAGUAUGUAGAUCUAUACUUACUGGUAUCUUAAAAAAAAACAUGAAAAUUUAAAAUAAAAAACCUAGCUAAUUAUGGGUGAACAAACUUCAGCACAAAUAGCGCACAAAUUACAGGUAAAAGAGAUAGGGUACCAUCAUGCUCUACAUUAUAUAGUUUAGGCUAAGCUAGGGGAUGCUUUCCCAGAUGGGUCCUUUGUUUGAUUUGGGUCAAGGUUACCAAGUUAUUUCCAUUGUUAAGGUCAGCCCUUAUUGUACCAUGUCAGGAAGGAUAGAGAUGGUGAGCCAGCGGAUCUCAAAAAGUGAGGACCAGCGGAUCUCAACAAUGUGUGUCAUAUGUUUAGUGGAUGUUAUUAUGCUGUCACUUUUGACAAGAUUUAUUAGGGAUAAUCCUGGUGGCUGAUUUUUAACAAACACAAUUUUUGUGGGUUCUCCUUAAUUAUAAAUAUGUUGAACUGGUUAAAUCUUGGCGUAAAGCAACGCAAAAAUGUCCCCACUGGUGAUGAUCUAAAAAUCUUUUUACGGAGCUAAACUAACCUGAGUCAUUUUCAUGUUAUUUCAUUAAAGCAAAUGCCUGUUAUAAUUGCGGGCAGUGAAGCUCAACAGAAGAAAUAUCUUGGACGCCUGACAGAGGAGCCUCUCAUGUGUGUAAGUUGAUGGUUUUCUUUUAAACAAAAAUGUAUAAGUGACGGUCUUGGAGGUCUCAAAUACCUUUAAAAUCUAAGACUUGCUGUUUCAAAUGAAUUGAAAUAAAAUAUGAGCGUGAACACUUGAGCAGCAGAAUUUUUUUUCAUCAUUGUGUACAUGCUUCCCGGUUGGAAAUCAAGUUUAUUGGAUACAGGCAAACAUAAAAUAAUCCAGCCAAUAUAGAGCUGUUUGGUUGUAUGUUUUUAGCUUUGGUUGUGAAUAAAAGAUAAAUGUAAAGAUGAAAGGAAAUAUGAUGCAAAAGUUAAGUGAAAACAUGAUUAAAUCCCACAAAUUAAAAAAAUGUAGAUGGAAUGAAAAUUAAAAACAGCCUACCCCAAAGCAGGUAGGAAUACACUGGUACUAAGACCAAGAAGUAACUGAGAAAUGAAAAAAUGAAACUAAGGAAAUAAAUGGUUAGGAAAUAGAGAAACAGACUUUUAAAGUUGGUUGUAUGUAAAAAUGGAGUGGAGAUUGCGUUAUCACUUGAAAGAAUGGAGUAUGUUCAUAACAUGUUUAAGCCUACAAAAAACUGUAUCAUUCUAUACUCCAAGCAGACCCUGACUGGCAUAUUUGGGCAGGAUAAAACAGUUUGUAAUCUAAAUAUUAGAAGCCCAUUUAUGGUCACUUUUAUUUAAAUGGGACUACACAAGGGGUUGUUUAGAGCAAAUGGCAAUCAUGGUAGAUUUUUCUUUUAAGACAGUGUUCCCCAGCCUUUCAUUGCCGGCCUGCACAACAUGAAUAUUUAUGGCUAAAUUAACAGAAAAUAUAAUUAAAUAAAGUAGGCACCUGUCCCUGGUGCAAUUUAGAAACUUGUCCCAUGGUCCUGUCCUCCAAACGUUAAGGAACCACUGGUUUAGGUGACCUUAAGACUGACCGAUGCAGGAGAAUAGAUCAGGUAAAAAAAUUUGUGCAUCAGAAAAGCAACAGAACUAAUUAACAAACCAUUAAACUUUUGGAACUGUAGCAUUGAUUUUCAUUAAGUACAAUGAAUUUACAUUUCAUAAUACCACUCAUUCAAUAGACUUAAGUGGUUUAAAAUUAAAGCCUCUGGUGGGGCAAAUUAGAACUAAAUGGGUGAAUGUUCUUACCAUUUCUUUGUUAAGGCGUACUGUGUGACAGAGCCAACAGCUGGCUCUGACGUGGCGAGCAUAAGGACAAGGGCGGAGAAAAAGGGAGACAGCUAUGUCAUCAACGGACAGAAGAUGUGGAUCACCAACGGAUCUGUGGCCAACUGGUAUUUUGUUCUUGCCAGGACAAGUCCUGACGCCGGCGCGUCUGCUGGAAAGGCCUUCACGGGGUUUAUAGUGGACGCCAACACACCUGGGAUCACAGUAGGAAGGAAGGUAUUAUGUGCUACAUACUUUUCUGCAUAAUAUCACAAAAAUGUCUGCAUAAGUUUUAAAAGGUCCUACAAUAAUAAAAAAAAAGUCAGUAAAAAAAGGUCAGAGUUAUCCAGAGAGAAUUCUAAAUAUCAUUCAUCAAAUGUUAAUUUAUUUUAGAUAAAAAGUAGUUGCAGACUUAAGUUAAUAAUGUUAAGUUUAAUGUGAAGGCUCAGAAAGUAGUUUUUGUCGUAUUUUAUUGAAAAUUAUUUUAUUCCAUGAAAUUUAAUAAAGUUUUAUCUAAACUUACUUAAGAUUAUGAUUUUUAUGGCAGUAAAGUGGAAAAACUGAUUAUUAAUAUUAUUUAUGUUUGAGAACGUUUUGUCUAAAGGCUUGCGUUAAAUUGAACCCAGUUUUUCUUAUUACCAGGAGAAAAAUAUGGGUCAGCGAUGCUCUGAUACAAGAGGAAUCACUUUUGAAGAUGUUGUCGUACCCAAAGAAGUCAGUGUCCAUAUUAUAAAAGAAAAAUCUAUAAGUAUAACAGAUACAAGUUUUUAAAAAUAAGUUAGUUGUCACCAAUACUUUAAAAGUCUUUACAAUUCUCAUAAAAUAAAUGUUUUUAACAUUUUGGUCUUGCAUAAAAUCUACCUGUCAGUAUUUAAAAAAAAAAUAAAUAUGUAUUAUUCACUUACAAUAAAUAAUCCAGUUAGCAAUCCAAUUUCUGCAAUAUUUUUUGUUGAUUUUAAACACAUUUUAUAGAGUACCUAAAUAAAUCCAUUUCCUAAUUUCUUCAGUUAAGAUAUGGUCACUUUCUUCUCUCAGAAUGUGUUGGGAUCAGAAGGAGUUGGCUUUAAAAUAGCCAUGGGAGCCUUUGACAAGACCAGGCCUCCUGUAAGAUUUUAGUCCAUUAAACAUUUCUGAACAUUGUUUAUAGGCCAUCAGGUGUAAAUACUUAAUUGAUGAAUAGUGCCGCAGUACGUCAAAUAUUUGUUGAGACAUUAAAAAGUAUUGGCAGCAGUGCACAAAAGCAAUGUUUGAUCCCCAGAAGAAGGUAAAAUCUCCAAAGGGAGGCAAGCUGUUGAUGAGUGUUUUAAGGGGAUUGCACUGCAGCAUAUUCUUUUUUGACAUGAAUCCUGCUGAAGGUUUUACUUACAACUUCCAAGAUAAAAUUUCUUAAAUUUUGUAAACAUCAAUGUUAAGAAAUGAGCACAAGCUUAAUAUUUUUGAUCUUCAUUAAUUUAUUUUUCAAAUAUUAAAAGUUCUCCUUUCCUCACCAGGUGGCAGCAGGUGCCGUAGGUCUGGCACAGAGAGCCUUAGACGAAGCUAAGCAAUACUCCAUGCAGCGUAAAACUAUGGGAAAGUUGAUUUGUGAGGUAUGUUAAACUCUUAGCCUGCUAUGAGCUGAGGUAAAGGCUUUGGAAAUUUUGUAAUCAUUCCUUUUCCAUGACCAUCAACAAAUAAUGAUAUUAAUAGUGUGUCAUAAAUAAUAUAUGAAAACAGUUUUUAUUUACAUCAAUGUAAGCAUUAGUUGAACUUUAAAGAUUUAACAACUUUUAAAUUUCUUUGACAUAAAGCUAACAAGGGAAAAUCAUUUUUUACCUCUUCCUAAGGCGUUCUUUCAUUUUGAAAUAUAUUUAAUCAAAUAGCAUCAGGCAGUGGCCUUCAUGCUGGCUGACAUGGCCAUCGGUGUUGAGGCCGCAAGGCUUUUGACUCAGCGGUCAGCCUGGGAGAUCGACCAGGGCAGGCGAAACACUUACUAUGCGUCCAUUGCUAAGGCUUUUGCUGCCGAUGUGGCCAACAAGGCUGCCGCAGAUGCAGUCCAGGUGAGUUUGACAGAAUAACCAAUAGGUCUUGUGAGGGAGGUGAUGGAAGGAGCACCAGGUGAAUUGGGAGGUGCUAAUAUAUUGAUUUAAAUUUUACUUAAAGACAUGAGAUGCUUAGAAUAAAACUCUUGACCAUUUCUUCUACGUUCCUAGAUAUUUGGAGGCAAUGGCUUUAAUACAGACUACCCCGUUGAAAAACUGAUGAGAGAUGCCAAAAUUUACAUGGUGAGUUGUUCUUGUCAUAGACAUAGGAAUUAGCUACAUUUGGUGAUACUUAAAAAAAAUUUAGUAUAAAAUUUAAAAAAAAAUUAUAGUAUAUUUUUUUUAUUUUUAAAGUAUAACAGUAACAGGAUAAGACACACAUUGUAUUUUUAAAUUAUUUUCUUUUCAUUUUGUAGCGGUGUCAGGGCUUUCCUUUUUCAAACCAUAAGUUUGCAUGAUAAUUUCUCGUCCGUUCCAGAUCUAUGAAGGUACAUCACAGAUCCAGCGUAUCAUUAUUUCUCGAGAGCUACUCACACAAAACACGAAUUCUUCAUAGGAUGAUGCCUGGCUUUGACCCCCCAAAAUAGACGUGUACUUGACAAAGAGUUGUGUGCCCAGAUUUAUGAUGAAAAAUUAUAUGCUGGCUCAGAGCACACAAAAAUUUCAUUGAUUGUGAUGAAUUUCUAAUUUAUAAAAUUUGUUUGUUUAAAAUUUUAAGGUAAGAAACAACAUAGCUUUCAGAUUACUUAACAGAAAAUGAUAAAUCUCAACACUGUUGAUUGAUCAUUAAUUAUGUUAUGAUUAUAAAUGGGCUACAAAACAAUUUGACCUGUGACUCCUACUUCAGUGAGUCCAGAUCUAUCAUUUCAUGUCACUAAUGACAUUCAUUAUGAAUGUGAUAACUCUGUUUAAUCACACAAAAGAUAACUCUGUUUAAUCACACAAAAGAUAACUCUGUUUAAUCACACGAAAGAUAACUCUGUUUAAUCACACAAAAGAUAACUCUGUUUAAUUACACAAAAGAUAACUCUGUUUAAUCACACAAAAGAUAACUCUGUUUAAUCACACAAAAGAUAACUCUGUUUAAUCACACAAAAUGUUCAAUUUUAAAAAUCGAAUCAUUUUUCUUUCUAAAAUGCAAGAACUUGCUCAAUGUCAUGUAAGAAUUUUUAAACUAUUGAUCAUUACUUAAUACAUGUCACUGAUCACUUACUUACUUACGCCUUUUUACCCCAUGUGGGGCAUAGGAUGAAUACAAGAUUUUUUCCAUUCUUCACAGUCCUCUGCUUUCCUUUUCAGUUGCUUCCAGGUGUAUCCCACACUUUGCGUGUCUGCCUCCAGCUCACAUCUCUGUGUAUUCUUUGGCCCUCCUCUCUUUCUUUUUCCCUGUGGAUUCCAUGUUAGAGAUUGUCGGGUGAUUCUAUCUGGUUACGUUAGUUUUGAACAAAUGAUUUUUUGAAGUUCAGACAUUUUUUUUUUCUAAUGCAGUGGUUUUAAAAUAUUUUGUCUGGCACACCAAUACAAAUUUAUCCAAAACAUUGAAAGGCCUAACAAGAAGUGCAUAAAAAAAGUCUCUAAGCAUAUUCUUCUUUUUUGUUAGAUUGGUUUGUAUGGAUUAUAUAUAUCAUAUGUGGAUUAUAUAAAAUCUUACCUCAAAUGACCCAAACUUGAACUGAUAAAAUGGCAGAAAAUUUUUUUCCCCCACUGAUUUAUAUCCUCUUAUAUCAAGAUCUUGCUAAACACCUGUAUACCAUAUCAACACACUGAUGAAAAACCACUGGUCCAAUGUAAUGUCAAACAUCAUGUAUAAAAUUGAGACUUUCAUUGAAACAAAAAUAUAAAUAUUAAUUCCCAUAAAUUUUCAUUAAAGGAUGUGUAAAGUAAAAGUUAACAUAAACCAAUUUAAUUUGUAAUAAAACUUACCAAAAUGUGCCUUUAAUAAUAUUUGUUUGGUUCACAUCGCACACAAUAAAACGUAUGGUAAUUUAUAAGCAAGUGGAGACAACUGCCUUUCAAUGUACAAUCCAGCCUGUGCCAUUUAUACGGUUGUCUUUCUUUGUGGACGCCACAACUUCUUCCUCUACCAGAUUUUUUUGUGGUAAUUAUUGAAGCUGUGAUUACUGUGAAUAUUUUAUAAAUUGUUGUGUUGGACCAGACAAGUGGCCAAAUAAUUUGAAAUAAACUGUUUAACAAGCCCA